GAGUGGAAGCGAGUGUGGGUCCCGUCAGACCCCAACUACGAUGAGCAGAGGUGCGCGGCCAGGUGGGAGCAGUACGCCUCGGAGGCGCGCGAGCCCUUGCCGAAGACCGCCGACGCCUACGACGAGGAGUGGUACCCCUCUGACGCCGACUUCCGGGUCGCCGCGCGCAAAACCAAAGGCAGCGCGGGCUAUGACGUUUGGCGCUCUAGCGACUUCAAGCUGAUCUCCGAGCACUUCGAGUUCUGGCUUUUCGAACUCUACACGCUAUGGCGGGACACCUGCGAGACCCUCCUGGUCGAGAGGCCCACCACCGAGUUCCAGCACCUCCUCUUCGCCUGGCGGGUUGUUGGGGUGCCAAAGAAAGACCCGACGCAGUCCCGGCCUAUAGGGGUGGGCUCCGUGCUCCCCAGGGCCUGGCUCACAGCUUGCGAGCCCAGCCUGCCCACGCCACAGGGCGCUCAGUUCGCCUGCAAAGCGGGCUCCACGGUGGUCCACGCCUGCUGCUUGCGGCUGCACGCCUGCCAGCACGGCUCGUGCGGACUGGAGCGCGACCUGUCCAAGUGCUACGACAACGCGCCGCAUGCGGUGGCAGACGCGGCGCUCCGCAACGCCCAGACUCCACGCCGAGUGCGGGCGGUGACUAACGCUGCCUUGCGGGGCCCUCGGAGGUGCCAGGUGGCGGGAGAGUUGGCCGGUGAGACACUCUGGCCUACGCGCAGCCUCGCUCAAGGGGACAGCACGGCGCCGAAGGUCCUGUGCCACGUACUUUCCCCUUGGGAGAUCAACGGCACCAAGUUCUUUUUCAUGGACGACAGGUCUGCCGUCUUCGACUCCGCCCCGCAGAUGGAGUUGGGCGCGCAGGCCACCAACGCCUUCGACUCAGGCACGGGCGCGAUCGAGAACGUCGGGAAGCGCCAGGUCUGGAAGCGAGGGGACAGGACGCAGAUCGAGCACAUCGGCAUCCUCGCUGUCCCUGAUGCUCCGGAUGAGCCGAUUACGCCUGCCGGGAGCUGGACCAAGCUCCGCAAGUGCUUGCACGCCAUCCGAGGCCUCCCGGGAGGCAGCGAAGCCAGGGCCGCGGCGGUCUGGGCCUACGCUAAACCGUUGUGGACUUGGUGUUCCCCGGUUUUCUCUCUGCCGCCGCCCGACGUCAUCCCAGCAGCGAUGUCAGCGGUGCUUUCGACGAGGUGCACUUGGUGGUGCCGAGGCCGUUUCUGGGCCUCGAAUAUCGACCUGCACCCCAUCUUCAGCGCGGUGCUCGCGGCCAUUGAUCGCAUCACCACCUGGGACCUCCGCUGGAGUACAUUGCUCGAUGUGAAUGUUACGACGUUUUUCGAUGCCAUGGGCUUCGAGUUCCUGCAGUACGACCCAGAGCGCGGAGUGCAGUUCCGACGCCCGGUGGACGAGCCUGAUGUCCGAGUCCGCCGCUUGUGCGGGCGCAGACACAUCUUCUGGAGCGACGAAGAGAUGGUGCGCACCUCCUUCGCCAAGUAUGAUCCACUUGAAGAUCUUUCGCUGCGGAGCGACACACAGCCCGACGAGAAGAUGGAGCACCACCAGGAGCUGAACGACGCGUGCCACAUCCCACUUGGCUGGUGGGCACGCCAGCCGCGGGCGACGCUGAAGACGGGAUGGAUCACUUUCCCGGCUCACGCGUCCGCCGCCCGCAGAGCGGAGCUCCAGGUGGCCGUCUGCCGCAUGGGGCUCGUUGCCAUGGCGCAGAUGGCAGAAGAUUGCGUGGCGUUGAAGAGAGCCUAG